CCAGUCACAGCAGCAGCCUCGCCUCACUGUUGUGAUAACAGGAGCCUGGAUUAAUGCUUAAACCUGCCGGUGUAGGUGUGCUCCUGUCUGCAUGUGUGGUGGGGUGGAAAGAUCUGCAGGAAAAGUGCACAUUGUGUCCUCUCUGACCACGAGGAACACAUGGGACGGAGGUUUUUCUACCUGAGUGAGGAGAUCAGACUCACAUCAGCAUGAAGAGGUUUUUCAAAGCGCAGCGGGACGAGGACAACAGUCAGAUCCAGUACCUGACGGCCAAGUGCACCCGCCUGGCCCACGACAAAGUAGCGCUGGACAGAGAGUUCCUGGUGUCCAGGGAGAAGGAGAGGAGGCUGCAGAACGACCUGGAGGCCGUGACCUCCCGGCUCGUCCAGGAGGAGCAGAUGAACGUGGCGCUGCGGAUGAACCAGCAGCAUCUGAUCUGCAGGAUCCGCGAGCAGCAGGAGCUAGUGGACUUGUUGCAGCAGCGUGUGGGCCUCCUGGUGGAGGAGAGCUCCCGGGACACGGAGCUGCUGCAGCAGGUCAGCUCUGAGCUGCUCUGUCUGCAGAGCUCCGAGGUGAAGCUGGAGGGCCUGGUGGAGGAGCUGCACGCUGAGGCCCAGCGUCGGGCCGGAAUGGCAGAGGGCCUGGAGAGAGAGCUGCGUGCUGAGGCCCAUCGCAGAGCUGCGCUGACAGAGGGCCUGCACACGGAGCUGCGCAGCAAGACGAUGGAGCUGGAGGAAUUACAGAACACCAACCAGGACCUGACGAAGGAGCUGAGAGAUCUGCACAGAGCUCAUAAGAAGGAGGUGAAGCAACUGCAGCAGGAGAACCAGGGGAGUCUGAGGAAACUGCAGGAGACGGCCGAGCAGUUCGAGUGGCUUUGUCAGCAGCAGCGCUACUGGAUGUGCUGCGUCAAGAGGUUCAAAGACUCUCUGAUGGAGGAGAGACAGACUCUGAUGCAGCAGAUCAGCGUGUUGGAGGAGAAGCUUGGGAAACAGAAGGAUUCUCGUGACGGCAGGCCAACGCAGAUCUGCCCCCUGCAGGACGCCGAGAGCUGCGACAGCAUAACACUGUGGGGCGGUGACGCGGGGGCAGACCUGGAAGCGCAGCAGAACUCAAACCUGUACGAAGAGAUUUUUAACCAGGCGGGGAGCCAUGUCAACAGAUACCAAAAACCUCCAUGAGGCCGGACGCCUGCACUCGCCCCUCGCGCCGGUGCUCGCUUCGUCUUCCCACGUUCGGCUGAACCACGAGAUGCAUGUGUGGUCAGCUCUGAGGAAUAUUUCCCAGUCAUUGUUUUCAAACCCGAGCCGUCUCGGAGGAAUCCCACCUGCGAAACCACACGUUCACGGCUCCUCCGCCACCAUUGUUCACGCCCAUACCGCACACGGCUGAAUUAAAAACACAUCCAGCACGCUCCCGUUCUCCUGUUUUUUCAUGUCACACGUGCACAGGUGUGAAAAGUAUUCACAUUCAUUACUCAGGUAGAAGUAUAGAUACUAGAGUUUAAAAAUAC